AACAAGAGGGUACUUGUGUACAUGAUUGGACCUAGGAGGCCUACUUGUGGCCCCAUCCAAAACCCUAGUGGCCGAGGAGAAGGCCGCUUCUCUCUCUCUCUCUCUAAUAUUUCACGCGUGCGAAACCCCUCUCUCUUUCUAUAUAAACCCUCAUACCCCAUCUCACAAAACCUACAACGAAGCCCAGAGAGAGAGAGAGAGAGAGAGAGAGAGAGGGAAGUUUUCGUGAGCUGCUGCUGUGAAAGGUUUUCUUGGUAAUAAUCUGAAGGAAAACUUCUUCGCAGUAGCACUUGUUAAUCUUCUUCUCCCGUUUUUCAAUUCAAGAACCCGAUGGCUCGCUCUCUCUCUAACGCCAAACUUCUCUCUUCCUUCGUCGUCGAUAGGAUCUCCGCCUCCUUUGUCAGGCGCGGAUACGCGGCGGCAUCACAAGGAGUUGUGUCGGGAUCUGUAUCCGGAGCCGGCAGAGGCGUGAUGGGGAAGAAAGUAGUAGGUGAAGAGUCGACAAAGACAUCGUCGUGGGUCCCGGAUCCGGUGACCGGAUACUACAGGCCCGAGAAUCACGCCGUCGAGAUCGACGUCGCCGAGUUGCGUGAGAUGCUCCUCAAUAACAAAGUCAGACGACACUAAAAUUCCCAUUAAUGGAAACCGUGGGCCACGUUGAAAUAAAGAUUGGCUGAGAUAUAAUGAAGAUGAUGGAUGGAGGGAUGGUCGUUUGGUUUCAACAAAGGAGAGGGCUUUGCGCUGUCGCCGGAUCCCUUCGAGUUAGUCUCUCUCCGUAAUUCGGUUAAUGUCAUCGUAGGCUCCUCUGUUUGGGCUGUAUUAAGGGACUAUUUUAAUUUAACUUCUCGAUGUCGUUUGCUUUUUCUUUUUUUUCUUCUUCUUCUGUUACGUUGUUUUACCAAUAAAAUUGUCCUUAAUUAUCAUUUCAA